GUUUCCCUCCUUUCUGGUUUUCUGACCUGAGCUAUAGGGUCAUCCUAUCUCUUGCAUUCGCACACCAUGAUUUUGGCCCUUACCGGCUUCCUGUUCGCGCUCUUCGUCGCCCAAACGAUCGGCCAAAUACUGGGACUGCGCAGGAGAAAUGUCAACCAGAAGGAGAAGCUAUUCUCUGAGCUUGGGGUAGAGGGACAGAGCGCGAAGAAGAUCGUAGGCUUCUUCCAUCCAUAUUGUAACGCCGGAGGCGGGGGCGAGCGCGUCCUGUGGGCUGCCGUGUCGGCCAUCCAACGAAAAGAGCCGGACAUCAUCUCUGUUGUCUACAGUGGAGACACCGACACAACGAAGGAGAAGAUCAUAGAGAAAGUGAAGGCAAGAUUUGACAUCGAGCUCUCGCCUCAAUCCCUUCAUUUUGUCUUCUUGGAAUCUCGGUAUCUAGUCGAAGACUCGACAUGGCCUCGCUUCACCCUCCUGGGUCAGAGUAUCGGCUCCAUGUACCUCGUCUGGGAGGCCAUGUCAAUCCUCAUACCAGACCUAUUCAUCGACACUAUGGGGUAUGCAUUCACCUUCCCGGUCGUCUCACUACUGGGAAUCAUUCCCGUCGGCGCAUACGUCCACUACCCCACGAUCAGCACGACAAUGGUGUCCCGCGUGAAGAACCGCGCUGCAGGACACACCAACUCUGGCGUCAUCUCCUCAUCUCCCGUCCUUAGCGCCGGCAAACUGCUGUACUACCGCAUAUUCAUGUACUACUACGCGUACUCCCUGCGCCAGGCGCGCUUCAUCAUGGUCAACUCCUCGUGGACCAAGGGCCACGUCGACUCCAUCCUGCAAUACUCCGACACGCUCCUCGACGCGGUCCACCUCCUCCCCCCGCUCGUCCUCCUCUCGCUCCUCUCGCGCCGCCGAAGCGCGUCCCCCAAAGAGGCGCAGAUCGUGUAUCCCUCGUGCGACACGCACCAGAUGGCCGCGCUCCCCCUCGCGCCCCGCGAACGCGUCAUCCUGAGCAUCGCGCAGUUUCGGCCGGAGAAGGACCACCCCGCGCAGCUGCACGCGUUCCGUGAGCUGCUCGAGCGGUACCCGGAGUACAGGGCGCCGAACCCCGCGGCCGUGCAGCUCGUCCUUGUGGGCGGGAGCAGGAACGUCGGGGACGCGACGCGCGUGGAGGGCCUCCGGGCGCUGGCUCGGGAGCUCGGGGUGCAGGAGCAGGUGCGGUUUGUGGUGAACGCGUCGUUUGCGGAGAUGCUGGGCUGGCUGGGGCGGGCGAGCAUCGGGCUGGGGACGAUGGUGGACGAGCACUUUGGGAUCAACAUCGUGGAGUUCAUGGCCGCGGGGGCGAUCGUCGUCGCACACGCGUCGGGCGGGCCGCUGCUGGACAUCGUCGUGCCGUUCGAGGGCGAGCCGACGGGGUUCCACGCGACGACCCCGGAGACGUUCGCGGAGGCGUUCCGCACGGUGCUCACGCUGUCGGCCGAGGAGGACCUCGCGAUGCGCACGCGGGCGCGGACGUGGGCCGUGCGGAAGUUCUCGGCCGAGGAGUUCGAGAAGGGGUGGGACGCGAGCGGGUGGCGGAAGUGGGUGUAGACUCGGCGUACGGCCUGCGUGGGUCCUUGGUUCACAAAGCGUGAUCAGGAGGCAAGGUGUUCAUGGUGUGGAUGCGGAGUCAACGCGGUGUGCCCGACAAUCACCACAGAGACAGGAGGGCGAGUAGAUGAGGUGAGGUAGCUGACGGAGGGAGAGAACUCGAUUGUGAAGCAGUGCCGUCUCUUCGCGACCGAGUCGGGAGAGGCGGAGGUUGACGGGUGGAUCGAGGUUGACGGGACAGCCGAGGCGGGUAUGAUGUGUAUACACACGUCGGCGGACCGGAAGCGAGGUGCGUCUUCUUUCUGUUGUUGGUGCCGAGGUCUGUGCGCGGCGUUCGGAGGCAGGGUCGCGAAGGGGCUGCCAGAGAGAGUAGCGGAGAGGGAGAGAUGCCAGGGAGAGAAACACGGACACGGAUGUGGAGGUGAGCAAUGGUUGUGGGGAACUGAAUUUUGCGCGCGCGUUGCGGAAGAUGGGUGCGAAGGUGAGUAAUGGGAGCGUCGUUUUAAUAUGUAUUUCGCGUGCACAUCGUAGAAGACCGGUGGGAGUGUUGUUUCGAGCUGAAUUUUGCAUGCAGGCAGCAAAUCAAUUGUGG